AUGGAUCCUAAUGUAUUUAUCGAUUCGUUACAAAAAACUAAUUUUGAGAAAGUCUCUCUAGGACUUUUAAAAGAUGCUUCAAUUGAUUGUUUGCGUGUGGACAUGGAACGUGUGAAUAAAGCUGAAAGUCCACAAGAACAUGAUCGAUGGGCGGUGAAAGUGAAUCAGAAAAUCUAUGUGACAUGUAAUGAACAAUAUAUUGAACUAUUAUUAGAAGAUACUGAUGAAGAACCAGCUAAAGAUACUAAUGAAGAACUAGCUGAAGAUACUUCACUGAUUUUUUAA